UAUGCAGUCCAAUAAUCCUAAACUUGGGUUGAUUUCAAAUUAAUCUAAUUAGAAAUACACAGAUACUUAAUAAGAGAAUGAUGUAUUUGAAUUGUAAGAUUUUGGAGAUGAUUCAGAUCAAAUUCAAUUUGACGAUACAAGUAAAUACUUAAAUAAUUAACUAGUAUGCUAAAAUAAGGCUAUUGUAUUGGCUAAUCUUGAUUAAGAACCAAUAACAAUGGUUACAUCUAAUAAUAGGUCAAAUUAAAGUUAAUAAGUUAAUUAGAAAAGCUAAUUUUAAGCAUCCUAUCCUAUUAAGUAAUAAGUUCCAUAAGUAUUUAUUAUUUGGUUAUAUGUUUAUAGUAUCAAAUGUAAAAUUCUAAUAAUUAAACAAAUUAAAAUUGUUUUGGGACUUUUUCUAAAGAAGAAAGAGAACAAAGUAAUUCCAAUUAAAUUUCUUAAAUUCAAAAUGAAAAUGUUAAUACAACUAAGUGAGAAUUUAAGUUAAAAUUUAGUUAAACAUAAUCAACAUGCAUGUUUUGUUAGAUUCCAUAAAUGAUUCCAAAAAAUAAAAAUGUUUUUAUAUGUUACAAUUGCAAAUAGAUUAAUAAAUUGAUAUUUGCCUAUUUUAUUUGUGGUACUUGUAGAUUGACUGUUAUGUAUCAAUAAGGAAGUAUAUAUAUUAUAUUAUUUAAGUUUCAAAUCUAAUUAACUGUACUAAUUGUAUGAGUAUCAAUUAUGUACAACAACCAAAUCUUCCAAAUACAUUCUCAUAAGUCAAAUUUCCAACAAUAUAGGUUUAAUACUUAGUUAAUUAAACUUAAACUAUAUCCACUAUAUCUAAUUAAUAGUAAGGAUAAGGAAUUUAAUAAUAGCAAUAAAGAAAUCAAGUUUCGGAUCUUGAAGCUGAAUUUAAGGAAUUAACUAACUGA